AUGUGGCUCUUGGCACCCCCAUACACCCCCCACACAGCCAUACCCCCUACACAGCUCAUACCCCACACAGCCCAUUCCCCUCUACAGCCCAUACCCCAACACAGCCCAUAUCCCCUAACACAGCCCAUACCCCAACAUAGCCCAUAUCUCCCACAUAGCCCAUACCCCCAGCCCAUACCCCACACACCCAUACCCCACACACACCAUUCCCCCUACAGUCCACCCCUACAGUCCAUACCCCUACAGUCCAUACCCCCUACAGUCCAUACCCCCUACAUCCCACGCCCUCCUCGCAUGCUCCGGAAUUACCAUGCCGCGCGCCCGCUCAUCAGAAGGCGAUAUGGAGCUAAUGAGGGUCUCUCAGGUGCUACGCCCACGCUGCUGCACGCCCACGAAAAUGUAGCUACAAAGGCUUGUGUCUUGAGUAGGUCAGUGGGCUGUGGACGCCUUGUGGGUGCGGAGGCUGGGAAACGUUCACAAAAAGUCGGCAGUAGAAUGGCGGUUGUGAUUGAGGACGCCCAUCGUACCCGCACCCUCCUAUCCACCCGCCACACGAGAUCCACACCCUUCUUGGGAUUCUCCGAGGUAAAUGAUACAAUUAAAGAAAUUAUUACAGGGAUCAACUUGGCUAUUGUGAUGAAGAUUAUCAGCGUUGUGUGA